UGCUCGCUGUGUAACUAACGGACACCGUCAUCUUUUGGUUCUAUUUCAAAAUCAUUAACCGUUAUUUUCCGUUAUGGCGGCCGCCGUCACGUUCGCGCUGCUGGCUUGUUUUCCCGCCGCCGUGCUGUCGCGCAGAGACGUGCUCGAGCUCGGCGACGAGGACUUCGACUACCUGGCAACGGAGCACGAGACCAUGCUGGUGAAAUUCUACGCUCCAUGGUGCGGUCACUGUAAGAAGUUGUCUCCAGAUUUUGAGAAAGCAGCGACGCGUCUGAAGGGAACGGUCCAGCUGGCCAAGGUGGACUGUACAGCUCACUCUGAGAUCUGUGGGCGUUUCGGGGUGUCUGGUUACCCAACGCUGAAGAUCUUCAGGAACGGGAAGGAGGCAGCACUGUAUGAUGGUCCUCGCUCUGCUGAGGGGAUCUAUCAGUACAUGAAGAAGCAGACUGGUCCAGAUUCUGUUCAGCUGCAGACUGAAGAAGACCUCCAGACCUUCAUCGACAACUACGACGCCAGCAUCGUAGGUGUGUUUGCAGGUGCAGACAGCUCUUCCCUGUCAGAGUUUCUGAGAGCUGCAGCUCUGCUCAGAGAACAGUUCAGAUUCGCUCACACUGUUGAUCUGAAGCUGGGACACAAGUAUGGAGUUACCUCUGAGUGUGUGUUGUUGUUCCGUCCUCCCAGACUAACGAGUAAGUUUGAGGACAGCGUGGUGGCGUUCAGAGAUCACCUGACCAUCGGCUCGCUGAGACGCUUCAUCAGAGAUCACAUUAAUGGUCUGUGUCCUCACCUGACGAUGGAGAACAGAGAUCGUCUGAGAGUUCGAGAUCUUCUGACGGCGUUCUACGACCUCGACUAUCAUCACAACAUCCGCGGCUCCAACUACUGGAGGAACAGGGUGAUGAAGAUUGCAUCUAAGUUUUCUGGGCGGGGCCUGGCAUUUUCGGUAGCCAAUAAGAAAGACUUCCUGUCUGAGCUGGAGGAAGACUUCGGCCUCGGGACGUCCGACGGAGGAGAACUUCCCUUCGUCACGAUCCGGACCAAGCUGGGCCACAAGUACACCAUGAGGGAGGAGUUCACGAGGGAUGGUCUGUCCCUGGAGAGGUUUCUAGAAGAUUACUUUGCAGGUCGACUCAAACGUUACAUAAAGUCUGAAGCGGUACCGGAGAGAAACGCUGCUGCUGUCAAGGUCGUGGUGGCCGAGUCUUUUGACGAAGUCGUCAACGAUCCGGAGAAAGACGUUCUGAUCCAGUUCUACUCGCGGUCCUGUCCACACUGCAAGAAGCUGGAGCCGGUCUACAGGGAGCUGGCUGAAACGCUGAUCUCUGAUCCAAACAUCGUCAUCGCCAAGAUGAACGCCGCUGACAACGACGUCCCGCUGGGAUACGACGUCCAGGGGUACCCCACCAUUUAUUUUGCUCCGGCGAGGAGAAAGGACGAGCCAAUCAGAUACGAGGGUGGGCGGGAGCUGAAAGACUUCCUGAAGUUCCUACAGAGCGAGGAGAGUUUCAGUCUGGCGAGCGGCGCGGCGAAGGACGAACUCUGACACCUCUUCAUCGACCAAUCGGAGUCCCCCGUUAUGAUGUCACCAGUCUGCCUGCUGAGUCUUUCUAUUUAUUCAGUUAUUAGGAGCCAUGUUGGGUUAAAUCUAAUAUCAAUAUUACCUCUGGAAGAUACAGUAAACCCGAUCUGUCCUAAUAUAAAUAAAUAUCAUAUAUAUUCUGACAGAUUUAAGGUUUUUUACAAACCAACUCCCAACAUUAUGGGAUGGAUCCCUACAGAGAUAGACCUUUUAGUUAAAGAGUAAGAUCCUUUUAGUUUAACAUGAA